AUGCUCCGACUACUGGCGAGUAGGAGAGCUGCACUUCUUGCCACAGCGGCGGUCGGCGUGCAUGAGGCACAUGACAAGCUGCCCAUCUAUCCUGUUCCGGAGCCCGAUGUCCUCCUCUUAGAGACACCCUCGGAGCUUGAAAAGCAUAUCGGCGUCGCCCGCCGCACACUCACCGGGACAUACGAAGACGCACAUGGACGGGUACAAGCCCUCGUCUCGCGGUGGAUAGGUGUCGAGCAGGCGGUCGAAACCCGGGUGAAGGCCCUGGUCGCCCCCGACGAGCCCCUCACACCCGGCAUCCUCUACGUUGGCGUCGCGACCCUGACCGGCUCCGUGCUCGCCCGGAACCGCCUCCUCUGGCGGCUGACGCUGCCCCCCGCGCUCCUCGUGCUCUCCCUGCAGCACUUCCUGCCCAAGACGGCCGCGAACGUCUCCGCGUACCUCGGCGAGCUCGAGGACGCCCACCUGCCCGCGCUGGCGCAGAAGCACGCGGUCGCGAACGCGCACAGCGCGAUGGCGUGGGAGCAGGCCAAGGACGCGGUGCGCGGCGGCCAGGAGUCGGUCACCGCGGCGCUCACGCGGGCGGCGGGGGGCGUGGAGGAGGCGACGGGCUUGAAGCUGCGCGAGGUGUUGGGGUGGCGGGAGCGCGCGGCGAAGGAAGUGCGGGUGGCGGCGGAGAAGGAGGCCGACGUGGUGAAGGUAGUGGUCGAGACGAAGGUGGAGGAGGUCAAGGAGGCGGUGGAGAAAAAGGUGGAGGAGGUGAAGCGGUUGGUAUAG